GGUGAGAGUUGUGAUGAAAAUAAAAGCAGAAACAUUGUGCAAGAGAUCAGAUAAAAUACUAAACAAGAGCAGCACAGUCAUGUACAGUCUACGGGUGACAGUCAGGGUGAUGUACAGUCUACGGGUGACAGUCAGGGUGAUGUACAGUCUACGGGUGACAGUCAGGGUGAUGUACAGUCUACGGGUGACAGUCAGGGUGAUGUACAGUCUACGGGUGACAGUCAGGGUGAUGUACAGUCUACGGGUGACAGUCAGGGUGAUGUACAGUCUACGGGUGACAGUCAGGGUGAUGUACAGUCUACAGGUGACAGUCAGGGUGAUGUACAGUCUACGGGUGACAGUCAGGGUGAUGUACAGUCUACGGGUGACAGUCAGGGUGAUGUACAGUCUACGGGUGACAGUCAGGGUGAUGUACAGUCUACGGGUGACAGUCAGGGUGAUGUACAGUCUACAGGUGACAGUCAGGGUGAUGUACAGUCUACGGGUGACAGUCAGGGUGAUGUACAGUCUACGGGUGACAGUCAGGGUGAUGUACAGUCUACAGGUGACAGUCAGGGUGAUGUACAGUCUACAGGUGACAGUCAGGGUGAUGUACAGUCUACAGGUGACAGUCAGGGUGAUGUACAGUCUACAGGUGACAGUCAGGGUGAUGUACAGUCUACAGGUGACAGUCAGGGUGAUGUACAGUCUACGGGUGACAGUCAGGGUGAUGUACAGUCUACGGGUGACAGUCAGGGUGAUGUACAGUCUACAGGUGACAGUCAGGGUGAUGUACAGUCUACGGGUGACAGUCAGGGUGAUGUACAGUCUACGGGUGACAGUCAGGGUGAUGUACAGUCUACGGGUGACAGUCAGGGUGAUGUACAGUCUACGGGUGACAGUCAGGGUGAUGUACAGUCUACGGGUGACAGUCAGGGUGAUGUACAGUCUACGGGUGACAGUCAGGGUGAUGUACAGUCUACAGGUGACAGUCAGGGUGAUGUACAGUCUACAGGUGACAGUCAGGGUGAUGUACAGUCUACAGGUGACAGUCAGGGUGAUGUACAGUCUACGGGUGACAGUCAGGGUGAUGUACAGUCUACAGGUGACAGUCAGGGUGAUGUACAGUCUACGGGUGACAGUCAGGGUGAUGUACAGUCUACGGGUGACAGUCAGGGUGAUGUACAGUCUACAGGUGACAGUCAGGGUGAUGUACAGUAUACGGGUGACAGUCAGGGUGAUGUACAGUCUACGGGUGACAGUCAGGGUGAUGUACAGUCUACGGGUGACAGUCAGGGUGAUGUACAGUCUACGGGUGACAGUCAGGGUGAUGUACAGUCUACAGGUGACAGUCAGGGUGAUGUACAGUCUACAGGUGACAGUCAGGGUGAUGUACAGUCUACAGGUGACAGUCAGGGUGAUGUACAGUCUACGGGUGACAGUCAGGGUGAUGUACAGUCUACAGGUGACAGUCAGGGUGAUGUACAGUCUACGGGUGACAGUCAGGGUGAUGUACAGUCUACGGGUGACAGUCAGGGUGAUGUACAGUCUACAGGUGACAGUCAGGGUGAUGUACAGUCUACAGGUGACAGUCAGGGUGAUGUACAGUCUACGGGUGACAGUCAGGGUGAUGUACAGUCUACGGGUGACAGUCAGGGUGAUGUACAGUCUACGGGUGACAGUCAGGGUGAUGUACAGUCUACGGGUGACAGUCAGGGUGAUGUACAGUCUACGGGUGACAGUCAGGGUGAUGUACAGUCUACGGGUGACAGUCAGGGUGAUGUACAGUCUACGGGUGACAGUCAGGGUGAUGUACAGUCUACAGGUGACACAGUCAGGGUGAUGUACAGUCUACGGGUGACACAGUCUAUGGGUGAUGUACAGUCUACAGGUGACACAGUCAGGGUGAUGUACAGCCUAUGGGUGAUGUACAGUCUAUGGUUUAUACAGCAAAAGCUAAAGAAGAAACUAGGUAGGUGUGGUCAGAAGUAUGCAGAUGUGGGAUACGUCCCAAAUGGCCCUCUAUUCCCUAUAUAGUGUGUUUGUUUUUUUACCAGGAUCCAUAGGGCUGUGGUCAAAAGUAGUCCGCUAUAAAGGGAAUAGGGCUCCAUUUGGGACAGAUACUUGGUGUACACCAGCCCAAGGACGUAAUAAAAAGAGGACUGCAUUUGACCUUAUCUAACAGCCCUGUCUAACACACACUGGGCUGGAUCAGACUAAAAAAUGACAUAUUGUUUGGGAGAAAACUCCCAAAAGAUCACCGGGGUUCAGAAUGCUAUGGCUGCUAUGGGGUGAGAUACAAUUAAAAUACCAACAAUAUUAGGAAACAAAAUGUAAUAAUGUAGUUAUUUUAGCCGUGUACAUAUGAAGAUGUAUAAUGAGAUUCUACUCUCAUUGAGUACAUGCAAGCCUAUGUGACCGUUCCUUGAACUGGUACUGGGCCUAGACAUUUCAGGUGCAAUAUGCACUAGUGCCCACUCAGAAACCACUGCAGAGACAACAGGACUUUGACUAACCAAACAGUGGUUCAGCAAACAACACCAUGAAGGCUGCAUGUUUCACCAUCAGUCAUUAUCCACUCCUGUCCAAAUAUGUCUCAGUGGUUAAAAAUCUCGUAUUUCAAUAGCUGAUCUCAUCAAAACAGAAACAGAACAAUGACCAGUGCCAAACUAAACAAGAGAAUGAACAAA